GCUUCUAAGCAUGGAUAUUGAUGAGAUUCUUGAAAGAGCAGAGAAGGUUGAACAGAAAGGUGCUGAAGACGAAGCAGGACAUGAGUUACUCAGUGCAUUUAAGGUUGCAAAUUUCUGCUCUGCUGAAGAUGAUGGAAGCUUUUGGAGUCGCUGGAUAAAACCUGAUGCCAUCUCACAGGCUGAGGAAGCCUUAGCUCCUCGAGCUGCAAGGAACAGCAAGAGUUAUGCAGAGUCAAUCCCAUCUGAGAGAAAUAAUAACAAAAGGAAAAAGAAAGGUGUUGAAUUACAACUACAAGAGAGAGGAAUAAAACGCAGAAAAGCUGCUGCAGCUGCUGAUUAUUCUAGUUAUCAACCACCAGCACUUGAAGGAGCUUCUGCUCAAGUCAGAGGCUGGUCUUAUGGGACCUUACCAAAGAGAGAUGCUACACGUUUUUUUCGUGCAGUGAAAAAGUUUGGAAACGAUAACCAAAUGAGAUUGAUAGCUGCAGAGGUUGGUGGAUCUGUUGAAGCUGCUCCUGUAGAUGCACAGGUUGAGCUUUUUGAUGCUUUAUUAGAUGGUUGCAGAGAAGCAGUUAAAGGAGGAGGAACUAUGGACCCAAAGGGGCCAUUGUUGGAUUUUUUUGGUGUUCCUGUGAAGGCUGAUGAUGUAUUGAGCCGAGUGGAAGAACUUCAACUCCUUGCAAAACGAGUAAACCGAUAUAAUGAUCCUAUCUCACAGUUCCAGGCUUUGAUGUACCUCAAACCUGCAACUUGGUCUAAAGGUUGUGGCUGGAACCAGAAGGAUGAUGCAAGACUGCUACUAGGGAUCCACUAUCAUGGAUUUGGGAACUGGGAAAAGAUACGAAUGGAUGAAAAGCUUGGCCUUUUGAAGAAGAUUGCUCCUGUGGAACUUCAACACCAUGAAACUUUCCUACCACGCGCACCUCAAUUAAAAGAAAGAGCUUCUCAACUUCUUCAAAUGGAACUUGUGGCUGUUGGUGGGAAGCCCAAAGGGGGACGAAAGGCCACUAAAAAGCAAAAAGAUCAAUUUCCAAUAACCAACCCAACUUCUCACACUAGAGCCAAACAGUGGAAACCAGGAGAAACAAAACUCCCAAAAAAUAAAAUCAAAAUGAAAGGUGGCAAGAAAAACGAGCCCUUGGUUAAAGAGGAAGGUGAGAUGUCAGACACGGAAGAAGUGUAUGAACAGUUCAAACAAGUUAAAUGGAUGGAAUGGUGUGAAGAUGUCUUGACUAAAGAGAAAAAGACACUCGAGCGCCUUCAUCGCCUUCAAACCACCAGUGCAGAUCUUCCCAAGGAAAAGGUUCUUUCGAGAAUUAGAAAUUAUUUGCAGCUUCUCGGGCGAAGAAUUGAUCAAAUUGUUAUCGACCAUGAGGAGGAUCUGUAUAAACAAGAAAAGAUGACAACACGUCUAUGGAACUACGUGUCAACCUUCUCAAAUCUAUCGGGUGCCAAACUUCAACAAAUCUAUUCCAAACUCAAACAAGAAAAAGGCUUGGCAGCUGGAGUAGGAGUGGGCCCUUCCCAAAUCAACAGAGGAGGAGGUUUCAGAAAUAACAACCAAUCAUCAUCCACAUUAGUCCACAAAGGAGGCCUCGACGCUGCAAAAUUCGAAGCAUGGAAAAGAAGAAGACGGGCCGAAUCCGACCCAAACACCCACACCCACACCCAUUUCCAAAGACCCUUUGCUAAUGGGAUCGGGACCCGUUUACCCGACCCAAGUAUUGGAAUCCUCGGGGCAUCCCCAUCUGAUACCCGACCCGCUUUCGGUCAAAGACAAGGAGGCUUCACGUGAGUUAUAUAUAUAUAUAUUUUACAAUUUACACCUGUUUUCUUUUACAUAUCAGAAAAUUCCUAUUAUUAUUGGUCUCACCCUACCCUGGUUGCAAACCUUUUUAUGCUUCUUUUUGGCUCGUGGAAACACAUAUUAUUUUCUGAAGCCAAAAGAUGGUGGUGGUGGUGGUGGUUAACAAAGGGUAAAUGGAAUGAUGCAAGUGCAACCAUAAAGUUUUUGGUAUUUUUUUUUAUUUUUGGCGUAAAAAUGUAGGCACUUGGUUCGGAUCUCUCUUUCUCUUAUAUAUAGUGGGUAGUUCACGCUUAACGGAUUUGGUAGCUCCAUUUUGAGAUAUAUAGAAAACAGUUUUAUGUAUCUCUGAAAUUGUAUACUAUCACGUUUUUGGUUAACCAAUUAUCAGUCUCUUUUUGAUGUUA